UCGUUGAGCAUUACAUCUCAUACAUCAUAAGCUGCUGGUACGUACGGCCAUCCAAGACUGUGUGAGUGUUGUCAGCUAUGUCCAACAUGAGCGAUCAGACUCGGGUUCUCCUAUGGACCGUACCACGGACCUGCUCCUCAAUACUUCUCAAGAGCUUGAGCAACAUUCCCGAUUCUCAGAUGAUCUUUGAGCUCUUUAGUACAGCGUACAACUUUGGUCCGGACAAACUCAGGCCAACAUUCAACAACGUGGUUUAUAACUACGAAGGCAUUAAGCUAGAUGGAAACGGCUUAUUGCAAUUACCAGGGUCAGGGUUCAUGAGUUCAAUCUGCACAUUUGAGUGGGUCAAGCGACAACUUGAGGCGGAUUAUCAGGGUAAAAAGGUCAUCAUUGCUAAGGAGAUGGCCCCUUGGCUUAAUGGGAGGUACGAGCUCAUUCCAAAGGGCUACCGGCACGUGUUCUUGAUAAGGAGUCCUUAUAAGGUCUUCCCAUCCUGGAAGAAACAGAAAAAAACCUUCUUGGAAUGCAUGGGUGGGAAGCUCAAACCUGAGGAUCCUGUGCUUGACCCGUUACCCCAGAACACUCACCCUGGACUGGUUUACAAGGAAAUCACUGAUCUGUUGCAACACAUCAAGGAAAACAACUUUGAUACAGAUCCAAUCAUCAUAGACUCUGAUGAUCUGCUUCAAAAUCCCAAAGAGAUACUGUCAGCUGUUUGCUCAAGGGUAGGAAUACCUUACAGUGACUCUCUUCUCUCCUGGGAAGCUGGAGUAAGUGUCGCAGAUCAAUGGAUGACCAGCUGUGAAAUGAAGCGUAUGUUUAACCUGGAAAAAUUCUUCCUGCCUUUCAAAAACACAACAUGUUUCAAAAAGUCGGUGGUUCCUAAUAACGAAACUCCUGACUUUGCAACCUUUCAACCUGAUGUGCAGCGCUGUCUCGAGUAUAGCAUGCCUUACUACGUGAAACUGUUUGAACAACGGCUCAAAUGUUAAACCAUAAAAAAGCGUCAUCACUUCAAGAGCCAGCUUCACAUAUUCAAAGGCAGUGGACACUGUUGGUAAUAACUCAAAAUAACUAUUAGAAACCUUACUUAAUAACUAGCAAUGGG